UCGCUAUCCCCUCCUCGCCCGCUCCAUUCCGAGCUCGCUGGUCGCUGCUCCCCUCCGCUCCUUCCGCCGGCGGCCUCCCCCACGCACUGAACGAAAUGGAAGCAGCACCGGCCGUACGCACAUUCUCCCCCUCGUCGUCCUCCCCAGCGGGACCCAGGCCGUGCCGUGUUCUGGCGGGCCCGGCCCCGCGGCGCGCCCGGUCGCUCGCGGCACCGCAUCCGCCCCGCGCCGUCGCCUCCUCCCGCGCGCCGCUGGUGGUCUCCAGCCCGCCGCCGCCGCCCGCGACAUCGGGUACGCCCGCAACCACGCCCGCGCACGCCAAGGUCGACCGCUCCGGCCGCUUCUGCAGCCCCCGCGCCGCCCGGGAGCUCGCGCUGAUGAUUUCCUACGCCGCGUGCCUGGAGGGCGCCGACGUCGUCCGGCUCUUCGACCGCAGGAUCAGCGCGAGGCGAGAGCCCGGGUAUGUUUUCGACAAGGCGUGCCUGUUGAGCUACAACCAUAUGAGCUUCGGCGGAGGACCUCUCGAGGUUGGGACGGAGGAGGAGGCUGAAAAGCUGACCAGCCAGAACGAGAUGGAUUCGGCCAAUGAAGCAGAAGUUCUUUCAGCUCCUCCAAAGCUGGUUUACAACAACUUUGUCUUAAGGUUGUCCAGGGAACUUUUAGUGGCUGUUGCCAGUGGAUGGGAUAAACAUGUUGAUAUCAUCGACAAAAUAAUUCCCCAGACUUGGAAGGAUGAGCCUGUGGCAAGGAUACUUGAGCUCUGCAUUCUCCAUAUUGCUAUGGCAGAGAUGACAUCAAAAGGAACACCUCACAAAGUUGUCAUUAAUGAGGCAGUAGAUCUGGCAAAACGAUUUUGUGACGGUGGUGCUCCUCGGGUAAUCAAUGGAUGCCUUCGAACAUUUGUAAAAGAUCACGUUGACAAUACAGGUACUAGUCAGGCAGCUGAAUCAAAAGCGUGAAGUUUUGCAAAUACCAUGUAUCGUGCAUCAGAAUCGUGGCUGAAGUACAGAAGUAUGGAGAAAACAUAGCUUGUCUCCGAAAUCAGGCAAAGUCUUAUCGUCCUGAAGGAACCAAACAUGCUAGGCUCGACAAGGAGCCGGAAAUACUUCUGUCUUACUGAAUAUUAGAUCAUUAGGUGAAGUAUACAGAGACAGAACACCUGGUGUUGCACGUUCACGAUCCAUCUGAUACAACAGGAGGGUACUGGUUCUGUAGCCUAUGGUCCUGCUGAUUAAUGUGGUCAGAUGCUAAGAUGAAUUACAAGUUCUGUAAAAACUUGAUGUAUAUGUAAAAGGUUGUGCAUGGCACUGGCUCACGCUUGGAGAGACUGGGAUGUUUCAAUUUUCAUUAUGUGAUGCAAUGCACACACUCAUUUUAGGAUCAUGAAUUUCUCAUAUU